GCAGACCCAGGGGUGGGGGAGAGGGACGUUACGUACCUCUGCAGUGGUCUGAUUGGGCCAGGCAUGUAAAAAAACAGGAGAUACACACAAGCAUAUGCAGACUUCCCUCACUGGACUGCCACAGUCCUGUGCUAAAGACGCCACAAACACAUGGAAACAAUGAAGGACGUCACUGCUGCGCUAUUAGGCUCCAAGCAAAUGGAAGCCAGUGUUGUUGGAGCUGUGUUCUGGGAUCCUCGGGCUGGCCUGAAGAGCUACCUGCUGUUGAAGUACCUGCAGGUUCUGGUUCUUCCUGGAGGGAAUGAGGCACUGGUGACUCUGGGGGCCCUGGCCAGCCUAUACACGGCCGUGCUCCUGCGCUCCCCCCGUGUGUCUCGCAAAGCCUCCACCGUGCUGCUGGGCCAGCUGGCCUGGGCGGACGGCCUGGUGGCAGCGCGCUGGGGCCUCGGUAUGCUGGGUUGGGCUGUGGAGGACCGUGGGGCCCUGGCCAAACUGGGGAGUGGCCUCUCCAUUUCCCAUCAGCAUGCUAGUCUGCUCUUCCUCAGCUACCUCAGCCUGGAGGCCCUCCUGGUGACCUGGUGGCCCGGAGAGUCCCGCAGGCUCCGGACAGUCCACAGUGCCCGUCUGGCAUGUGCCCUAGUGUGGACGGCUGUGAUGGUUGAGCUGCUAGUGCUCCAGGCUGCUGGGCUUGGCCAGGACCUGCUCCCUCAGGGACUUCUUCUGGGGCUAGUGCAUCAGGGCUGCCUGCGGAUAGCUCCCUUCAUCUGUGUCUUCUCUCACUGCCUGAGGGGGGCGCUGUGGCUGGCUAAUGCAGGGGUGUACUAUACACUCUUCCACUGCACUCCUCAGCGAAGGAAGAGUUGCUUCCAUUAGUUAGUUGCUUACCAACUACUGACAAACACAACUUGGCUGCUGUGGACUUCUUUUGUUUAUUUUAAUAUUCAUAACUUAUCAUGAACUAUUUAUUGCAGUUUAUAUACCGAGCCUUCUGUUCUUUGAAAUGUAAACAGUGGAAUUAGGGGCUCAAAGAAAACCACCUUGCUGGUGAUGAAAAAUCAAAGACUAAACUGAUAAACAAAGUGUCAGCAAUGUUACUCUGCACUGUGCAUUGUUUAAAUUAUUCAUAUUUAACUUUAAUGCUUUUUAGCUGGUGCAAAACAGGCAAUAAUUUGUGUUCAUGUUCGAAAUGUCUGCUUCGCCA